CUGGGCUGCUCAGUCUCACUGUGAGAUUAUUACUUGAAGUGUGCUGAACAUUUUUGACUUGAGACCAGGGGACUGUAGUAAACAGUUUAGAUGGAAAAAUCCAGAAAUUUCUGCAUCGACGCGCUUUUGGCAGUCGAUCCGCCUAAAGUGCAAACCUCGCCUUUGGCACUGGUCACCUCUUUAUCCUCUUCAGCGGUCUCUUCGUCUGGAAAUGCACCGGCUUCUGAGUUGAAUAACAGCACCGAUUCUUUAAGGACUGAGACCCCGUCUCCUCCAAGGAUCUCUGCAUGCGGCCUGAUGCCUAAACCAGGUUUCUUGACGGGCCCCCACUCUGGUGUGGUCGGAUUACACCCGCAAAGUACAGCCGGAAUCCCGGCCCAGUCUCUCUACGGGCACCCGAUGUACACCUACUCAGCAGCUGCCCUUGGACAACACCCAGCCCUGUCUUACUCGUACCCUCAUAUCCACGCGUCACAACAUCACCACCACCCAAGCGACCCUAUCAAACUCACUGCGGGGACUUUUCAACUCGAUCACUGGCUACGCAUGUCCACCGCGGGGCUGAUGUUGCCCAAAAUGCCGGAUUUCAACAAUCAAACGCAGUCUAAUUUAUUGGGGAAAUGCAGAAGACCCAGGACAGCCUUCACAAGCCAGCAGCUGUUAGAAUUAGAACAUCAAUUUAAACUGAAUAAAUACCUUUCAAGACCCAAACGAUUCGAGGUGGCAACAUCUCUAAUGCUUACAGAAACUCAGGUAAAAAUAUGGUUCCAGAACAGACGUAUGAAGUGGAAAAGAAGCAAGAAAGCAAAGGAACAGGCCGCUCAGGAGGCAGAUAAACAGAAAAAUAAUAAAAACGGCCAGGACAAGUCGGACGACUUUGAGGAGAAGUCGGAUUACAAGAAAGGAGACGCAGUUAAACACAGCAGGACUCGAGACUUGCGAGACAGUGACGACGAUGACGAAGCCGAGCAUUCCCAGUACAAUUCAUCAGCUUGCUCUUCCGAAGAUGAAAGAACCCGCAACAGGCGCAGCUGUCCUUAGCAGCGAGACUUAACGGGAAGAAGUGUUGCGGGUUGCGGGAGUAGUUGUUUCACGUUUAUACAGUUCUUUAAAGUCACGGCGCCCUUUUGCAAACUGCAACGGCAUGUUUAACGGCAAACGCUGUUUCCUCGUGGACUAUAUCGCAGUGAUCGUCUUAAACAAAAAGUUAGAAACCUCACAAACGGCCGAUUAUCGAAGCGAUGCAGAAGUCUGUAAAUAUGAACUGAAGGAAGACAUUCUGCUGUUGUGAGACCAUGUCAUUAUGAACUGGCUACUCGUCCAUUGUCUGUUACACUGUUGUAAUUUUAACUAACUUCACUGAUUUGCUGGACACAUUCUACCAAUAUUAUGUAAAUGUUACCUUACUGCUUCUGAAUUAAGUGUUGUAUUUAGUUGAAGGAGGUCGGUUGGAGCAGAGGUUCGCUGGUCGUUAUUGAAGAAAAAUGCUCAAUAACACUGGAGUUUUACUACAGCGUUCGGUAACUGAUUAUUAUGUCGCUCUUUUUAAAAAUCCCGGUGUUUUCAGUUUUAGAACUGAUCGUGUGCGUGGUUGGUACAUCGCUGUAUGUGUCAUAAACGUUAAAACUGCAAGAAAAAUAAAAGUUUUCCGUCUUUAUUUUUGUAUAUUGUAUUUAUAAAGAUACCAGUAUGUACGCAUGCUAAAUUAUCGUUUAGCUUAUCCC